AGUACGUAGACAACCGAGUAAAGUCCCCACUUCCCCCCAGCAUCUCCCGACGCCCGAAACCGCGUCCGCAAAGCUCCGAAACCGGGACCAGACCGAGCCGAGCCGAACCCUCCGAGCAAAAAAAAACAAAGACAAAAUGGUGGCCAAGCAGCGGAUCCGGAUGGCGAACGAGAAGCACAGCAAGAACAUCACCCAGCGCGGGAACGUCACUAAGUCCACGAGGAGUCUGGAGGACAAAGGUGUUGGUCCAUGGCUGUUGGCGCUCUUCAUCUUCGUCGUCUGUGGAUCAGCCAUUUUCCAGAUCAUCCAGAGCAUCCGGAUGGGCAUGUAACCACGGCGACGCUCUGGGGGCGGAGCCGAGGCCGCAAUGGAUUUGUGCCGUGGCCACGCCCCCUCUUGAACUCUGACCUCUGACCUUGACAUCAAAUGGCAUUACUCUUCGGAAAUUGGAUCAAAACCAGGACCAAACCGGAUCUGAACCAAGGACUAAAGCUGGACCAAAGCCGGACCAGGUCCGGACCAGGUCUGGACCGGGUCUGGACCCGGACUUUAAAGAUCAUUAUUCUGAUCAUUCCCUCAUUUGUAUAAAGUUCCUUCAAACUCACGUCGGUUUAAACGUUUGUGGUUUGAAGAUUCGCCUUAAAAUAUUUUGUGGUAAUUGUAAAAUUUAAUAAAAAAUGUGAAAAACA